AUGAGCGUCCUCAUCGUGGACGACGACGUCGUCAACGUGAAGAUUCUCAAGCGCGCGUUCGUGAAGAACGGCGACGACGUCACCACGGGCGAGGACGGCCAGGACGUCGUGCGACUGCUUCUGAACGAGUCCAAGCGCUACGACGUCGUGCUCCUGGACGAGAACAUGCGGCACAUGAACGGCAGCGCCGCCGUGGAAGAGACGCGGCGGCACGAGGCGAGCGCGGGGGACGACCCCGACGGGGGAGAACGAUGGAGUCAGCUCGUCGUCGCGACGACCGGGAACGCCGCGAUGAGCGAUAAGUCAAAGUACCAGAAAGCUGGGUUCAACGGGGUGUUACAGAAGCCGAUGAAGCUCAGCACGCUCGUGAGGUGGGUGCACGACUUUCACGCGUUUUGGAGAGCGACGGGCGGCGGGAAGUGGACGCCGGGGGAUCCCGUCCCGGCGGGGUGCGUCGCGCCGACGAUUUCCGACGCCUCCGCGCACGAGGACGGAUACUUCAUCGGCGAUCUCGAGGUGUUCGGGACCAAGUUACGCCGCGAGAAGUGAGCGAGCGAUGCGUCGUAGGAAGACAAUACAGUAUGCGCUUUUCACGCGUCGUCUCGUCGCUUCGUCGCUCGUCGAUUUCAACGAGCGUCGGAUUCGUUCUUCGUGCGUCCGGUUCUUCUCUUCCUCCUCCGUCGCUCGCCUCGCCGCGCCGCGCCGCGCGUCACCCCGAGGUGCUCUCCACGAACAGCGCCUCUUGCCUCUGCGUCAGCCCCAACUCCUCCAGCGUCUUCCCCCCCUCCCCGUCCUCCGUGAACGUCCCCCGCGGGAACUGCCUCGCGAGCUUGAACGACCCGUGCUCGAGGUGCCCCUCCGCGAUGAGAAACGAAAAGACGGCGGACAACGCGUGCGUUCGCAGAAACCGCCGCCUGACCCGCCCGCCCGACGGAUCGAUCGAGAUCCCACUUGUAUUGCUCCAUGAUCGCGCGGGACGUCCCGGCGUCGCACGAGGUCACGGCGACGAAGGUCCCCACCGCGGUCUCCUUCUCCGCUUCGUUCAUCGCGUCGCUCGGUACCGCGUCGGCGC